CGUUUUUGAUGCCUAUUGUACUAACCAAUCAGAGAAAGCAGAAUGUUGAUGGACAUUCUAUGCUUUUAUUCUAGAAACAGCACGUCAUCAUUUCAGCGCGUUAACCUGCGACGUCCAUUGUGACCGGUGUUGGAAAAACAUUCGACACGAUAAACAGCAGGUGAUGGCAGACCUUGGACUGAAGGAGGGGGACAGGGUGCUGCUGAUAUGGACUCAACCAUCAUCUCCCACUGCACUGAAGGAAUUUGCUGAAAGCAUUGGCACUGCUGUUGGUAACCAGAGUCUGGUGUCUUUGGAGAAUAUGGAGAGACUACAGUUGUCUUCUCAUGCAGCUUCUAGUUAUGACUGGGUUCUCUCAGGCCUGCUGACCGACAGCUCUCCAAUCCACAGUUCAGAAAUGCUGGCUGAGAUCGCCAAAAUGAUGAAACCUGGUGGCAAACUUGUGCUAGAAGAGCCGGUGACAGGUUCUGAGGAUAAUAGUGUGAGAACCGCUGGGAAACUGAUGUCAGCUCUUAAACUGUCUGGAUUAGUGUCUGUUACUGAGGUAAAGACGGAGUCACUGAGCCCAGAAGCAGCUGCAGCACUGAGAGAACGCACAGGAUUCCAGGGAAACACACUUUUAAGGGUGCGAUUGUCAGCAUCAAAACCUAACUUUGAGGUCGGAUCCUCGACGCAACUGAAACUUUCCUUUGGCAAGAAAACCACUACAACAGAGAAACCAGCUCUUGAUCCAAGCACCGCACAAAAGUGGACUCUAUCAGUCAAUGAUAUGGAUGACGAUGAUGUGGAUUUGGUCGAUUCGGAUGCACUUUUGGAUGCUGAUGAUCUGAAAAAGCCUGACCCUUCCUCCCUCAAGGCUUCCUGUGGAGACGACUCCAAAAAGAAAAAGAAGGCCUGCAAAAAUUGCACUUGUGGUCUUGCUGAGGAAUUGGAAAAGGAGAGUAAAGUCACUCAGAAAGCCAGCCAGCCCAAAUCAGCCUGUGGAAGUUGUUAUCUGGGUGAUGCCUUCCGAUGUGCCAGCUGUCCAUAUUUAGGGAUGCCUGCCUUCAAACCCGGGGAGAAGGUUCUGCUGGCCAACACUGAUAUAGCUGAUGCAUAGACAUUCACAUUUGAGACAUUAAUACAUUCCGUUAUCAUUCUGCAACAUUGAGGCCCAGAUUACAUUUCCAUCUGUGUAAUCAACAGGGAUGCAGUUCACAGAGUGUCAUUAGACAACUGAAGGCACUAAAGUUACCCGUGCAUUCACAAUAAAUACAUGACAAAAACUGAAAAGGUUGCACACUGUUUAGUUAUAAAUGUUUCUUUUCCAUCAGAUUUUUAGUCUUUCUCAGACAGCGUCCAGAGAUAUCACUGAAAUGUUUAAAAUAUGAUUAAAUACCUGCAUUAUAUUAUCUCACCCUAAUGUAUAAGAAAGGAAUCUCCAAUUUGAGUGUAGUUUCUUUUUUUUUAUUUUGAAAAUCCAAAGCAGUUGCUCAUGUAUUUUGCCUUCUGUAUAGAAUAAGAAGAUUAUUUUAAGCCAAAAUCAAAUGCUUAAUAAAAUUGGUUAAAAUAA